UGCGCCUUACCCACAAACAGCUAAAGAGAAAGAUGGAGGAAGUGCGCGUCUGUACUCCGCAGCUUGCGGAAUCAGACGCUCAAAAUAACACUAGUAGUUCCCCUAACGCGGCUUCUGUGACAGAUGCUGACAAAGUAAUAAACACUCAAAUAGAUAAUACCCCGGUCGAAGGAGACAAGGAUGAAGAGGAGCUACUCGAGGGUCUCCUCACCGACGACUACUGCCAUGUGUGUGAGGCUGUGCUAUUGUUUGAAUCUCAGCGGCUGUCCCACUAUGAGGGAAAGAAACAUGCCCAGAGAGUCAAGCUGUACCUGCAGGCCAAGAAAGCUGAAUCCACAGCAACCCAGCGGACCACGACUACUAAUAAGGACCGUUUCUGUGGGUUGUGUAAUAUGGUGUUUAGUUCCCACUUGGUGGCAAACUUUCACUAUGAAGGCAAAGUCCAUACAAAAAAUCUUCGCAAACAAGGUGUGCAGCCCCCAGUCAUGAACAGGUUCACGGAGGUGUGUACUUCACCAAGGUCGACUCAGGAUCCUGACGGGGCAGACCAGGCGUCAGUCCCAGAGGGGCGUGCGGAGCAUCUUGUGGACCCAGCGGCCGCCAUAACUACCCCGAGCACCGUCGAUCUGAAGGACCCGAACAAGUGCUGCGCUCUGUGUACUGCUUCCUUCAACAAUCCCCAAAUGGCUCUGCAGCACUACAAUGGACGCAGACACCAGAGGAAUCAGGCGAGACAGGAGCUGAUCAAAGAGCUGGGAGACGAUGUCCAACAAGCCAACUUCCUGAUGUGUCAGAUGUGCAGUGUGCAGUUUAACUCUGUGGAGAUGUACCAGGCACACGUACAGGGAAACAAGCACCAGAUUAGGGAGAAGAAGGUGGUCGACCUCUGCAAAUCCCAACAGAAAAACUACAACACAUAUGCAGACGAACUGGCAGAUUACAUUCAGGUACAGAAAGCCCGGGGGAUUACCACCAAGACCAGUCCAGUCCUCCCUCAGGGUGACACACAAGAGGAUGAAGAGGGAGUACAGGAAGUUUUGAAUAAGAGGAAUAUCACAGGACUGAAAAAUCAGCCACACCCUAGUAGUUACUACCCACCGAAUGGUGGAUGGCGUCCUCCAUUUCACGGCCCUGCUUGGCCUCCUCACAGCUGGGACUUCAACUGUCCUCCUCCAGUCCUCCCAGGCUCAGGCUCAGGCCUUCCACAGUUCACCAGUCGUCCCAUGAAGAGAUCCUCCUCUUCCUCUUCCUGUAGCAUUAGCACAAGUGACAGUGAUGACAGUGAAUACAAGCAGAGAGAAAGGAGGAGGAUUAGGAGAUCCGAGAAGGAGCGAGGCAAGAGGACACGAGAUGAGGACUCAGACAAAGAGGAGAGGAGGAGGAAACGGCAGCGGAAGGAACGAGACAAUGAGAAAACGAUGAGAAAACGAGAGGAGACUGUAGAGUCGGAGCAAGAGCGGAGGAGGAAAAAGCAAAAGAAGCAGGGCAAGGGGGGAAGAAAAGAAAAAAAAUCCCAGGAAGAUGACGUUGAGAAGGAAGGAGGAGAUAUGGAGAUGGACAAUGUACAGCCAGAAGACAUGAUGGACAAUAGAAAAUAUACUGAAGUACAUAUUCAGGCUGAAAUUAAUGUUGGAGAGGGAGAGUGUGGGCCGGACGAGUCGACCAAACCCAAAUACAGGAAAGAGAAGAAGAAAAUGAGAGAGAAACUAGACACUCGGACGGAGGAGGAGAAGCUGUGGGAUGACUCCAUUCUGGGCUGUUGAGCUCUGAGAUGCUGUCGUGUCUAAGACUACACACAAAGUUAUGAGCUUGACUUUGAAAAUGUCAAAACUGUGUAGUGAUACAAUUAUUGAAAUUAUUUUGAUAGCAGUAAACUAAGCAAUUUUCACCGUCUGCCGGAGUGGAGCCCCGGCAGUUCUUGUCCACAGACGCAAGUUCAUGCAAACACAAAUUGGGAAUGAAUGUUGUCAUUGACCUUGGGGUGGUUUACAUUAUGUAUAGCACAGCUAUAAUAACUUUAUUUUUUCACUAUGACACUUAUUAAUAUAUUGGAUUCAAUUCUUGUGCUGCCAUAUUUAAAUCUUACUUUGUUUGCAUAUUAUUUACAAAUCAUCAACUCUUGAGUUAUUUAAGUUAGGUUUGAGUGUAUUAGAUUGUGAUCUCUUUAGCAGCCUGUGGUUGGCGCUGUCGAGCUUCAUUCUGCGCUUCAGUAAAGCAAAUUAAAAGCCCACGGAUGUUGGAA